CCCACCGGAAGUGAAACUGUGGUGACGCUCGCAUCGUUCGUCUUGUUUAUCUUUCUCGAGAUGAAUGCUAUUCGACUUGACCUAUAUUUAUUGAAUUCUCAUUAAGCAGCUAUUAAUUGGACUUUGUUAAUGAGUGAUCACGGUGCCUGGAGUGUGUUUGUGUCAGGCAGCAAGAGUUAAUUCGGUGUAAGGGUCGGUCGGAGUGUUUUGGCGUGUGCUCACACACACACUCGUAUAUUAUUUCACACAUUAACUUUUAUUUCUCUAGAAUUUAGAGUCUUUAUUUAUAUUUGUGUCAUAAAUCAUGGCUGUUGUAAACGAAGGAGCUCUUAAAAAGAUGCUGAAGCAAUACAAAUACAGAGAUCUCACUGUGCGUGAGAUAACAAACGUCAUCUCUCAGUACAAAGACCUCAAACCUGGCAUGGACGCGUACGUGUUUAAUGACGGAUCCUCCAGAGACCUGAUGAGCCUCACAGGAACGGUUCCAGUGGGUUAUAGAGGGAAUGUGUACAAUAUUCCCGUGUGCCUGUGGCUGCUGGAUACGUAUCCCUACAACCCUCCCAUAUGUUUUGUGAAGCCCACCAGUGCGAUGAUGAUCAAGACCGGCAAACACAUCGACGCCAAUGGCAAGAUCUACCUGCCCUACCUGCACGAGUGGAAACAUCCUCAGUCGGAUCUGUAUGGGCUCAUCCAGGUCAUGAUCGUGGUGUUUGGUGAGGAGCCGCCCGUGUUCUCCAGACCCACCACACAACCUCCCUACCAGGCCUUUCAAGCAGCCGGACCCCCGAACCAGUCCUAUAUGCCAGGAAUGCCAGCAGUAUCUCCCUACGGGCCAAACCCAAACCCCUGUGGUUAUCCUGGUUACCCUUACCCAGGAGGCAAUGGGUAUCCUGCCACAGGCGGUCCAGCGCAUUACACUUCCCAGACUCCCGCCACUGCUGUGGGUCCGAGUCGUGAUGGUACCAUCGGUGAGGACACCAUCCGAGCAUCGCUGAUCUCGGCCGUGAGCGAUAAACUGCGCUGGAGAAUGAAAGAGGAGAUGGACAGAGCACAAGCCGAGCUGGAUGCCCUGAAGAGAACUGAAGAAGACCUGAAGAAAGGACACCAGAAGCUGGAAGACAUGGUGUCCCGUCUGGACCAGGAAGUGUCUGAGGUGGACAGAAACAUUGAGCUUCUCAAGAAGAAGGACGAGGAACUGAGCGAAGCUCUGGAGAAGAUGGAGAACCAGUCGGAAAACAAUGACAUUGACGACGUGAUCAUCCCAACAGCCCCGCUCUACAAACAGAUCCUGAACCUGUACGCAGAGGAAAACGCCAUAGAGGACACCAUCUUUUACCUAGGAGAAGCCCUUCGGAGAGGAGUCAUCGACCUGGAGGUCUUCCUCAAGCAUGUGCGUCUGCUGUCCCGAAAACAGUUCCAGCUGCGAGCGCUCAUGCAGAAAGCACGAAAGACGGCCGGACUCAGUGACCUUUACUGACCCUGCGCUCAGACUCUGAUCUAGUCGCUCUGUGGUAUGUCAUUGGGAGUUCAGCUGUUUAUGAUCUUUUACUUCUGUGAGAGUUUUAGCAUCUGUACCUGACUUGAUAUGGAAAUUUAAAAUCGGUACGAUAUUUAAACGCUAAAAGGUAAAAACUAGCAUUAGAGAUAAAUAAGACAUCAUAGACUUUGUUCCUUCUUUCAUUUGAGCAUCUCGUGUUAAACUGGCAGGCGUCUGG